AUGGAGAUCACUGAUUAUAUCUUCAAGGAGCGGGAGGAGGUUCUCCUCGCCGGGGAUUACAAUGGUUACCGGGCACAUGCCACUCGCAAGCUACACAAACUCCGCAAGAAGCUGGGACAGGCCACUCCUAAAGGCCGCAAGUACGCUGCUAAGCCAGCUGUGACGGCUGAGAAUGUUGGAAGCAAUGUGUCAUACGUUCACCUUUUGCUUCUCGGAUCCGAACGAGCCUGGGCGCAGGCCAUGCAUGAGAAAUCGACACACUCCGCCGAUCCCUCGGCCAAGGGCAUCACCGGUGCUGCUAGACGCCAUAUUGUAUCGCGACUGCAAAAGGCGACCGGCUAUGCGCAACAUCUCGUGAAGUUGCUCCACGAACAGUCGGCCACCGGUGCCACCGACAUCGACAUUCUCGAAGCGCGGGCCUACCUGGCUACAGUCUCCGGUGCGCUGUGGUUGGAGAAGCGCAAGUGGGAGCAGUGUCUACACGACUACGCCAUCGCACGAGUGAUCUAUACGGCUUUGGGACAACGGGAGAAGAAGGAUUCCUUCCGCGACCUUCUCACGGGAACCGUCGAUCCUAGCCUGCGCUAUGCGGCUUACCAGAUGAAGCUUCCUCGGUCCAAGCCAACUUCGUCGCUGGCUAUCGAAUUCUUCCCCGCUGAUUCUGAGAUUCGCGCCGAGGUAGAGAAGAUUGACCCAUCCUGUCUUGCUGAAGAAGCUGCAGGAACGCGGAGAACUGCCGAGGGCGAGGUGCAGCAAUUGCCCGAGUCUGUGACAUGGAGAUCUCGGACCGUCCCGCUGGAUGAUGCUUCGAUUUCUCAGGCAUUGGCAGCUGCUUCCGCUGCCGAGACUGGUCUCAGUGCCUGGUUGGCCAGUGCAGGCAAGUCUGCUAGCGCGAAGGAUCGGGCCGCUGCAUACGAUAAUGUCAUCAUUGCCAGCCAGGAUGCGGUUGAUUCCACGAAGAGUGCCAUUGACGAUCUGACUAGUGAGGGGGUGGAUCCUGGUGACAAGAGAAUACAGGCGCUUCAGAUCACCCGGACGGCUGUUAACUACAGUCUUGUCGGAUGGCGUGUUGGUCGUAACCGUGUACUGUGCGGUGAACAGGACGGUCUGACCUUCGAAGAUGAAUCAACUGCUCAGGGUGGGAAGGUCACCAAGCACAGUGCGGGUAAUGGAAAGAAGUUGAACAAGCUCCGCGAACGUGUUGUGCUGUAUGACUCGACCUUGCAGAGCCUGGACUUUAUCCUGGAGCUACCAGGUGUUGCUGCCGAUACAGCAUUUGUGCAGGAGCUUGAGGCGAAACGUCGCUACUUCCGGGCGCUUCGAUGCCUUGCUCUGGGUCGAUCUCACGGCGUUCUUGGCAAGUCCACCGAGGCACUUGCCCUAUUCGCUCAGGCGUUCGACCUCGCCAGCACCGCCACCCCGCAGACCUCCGCUGGCUCCGAGGGCCCGCCCCAGCUCGAUGUCUCGCGAGCCCAGGCAAACAACUUGGCCUCUACUCUUCGUGGACUUGUCGCCCAAUACCGUGGACUGGUGACUUUGGAGCGCUUGGAAGCCCAGUCUGGCUCAAGCCAGCAGCGCCCGUUGGUCGAGCGCCUGCACCAGUUCAGUGCCGGGACUGAUCUCAGCAAUCUGGUGCCAUAUCCGCCGCAAAUGCAGCCUGUGCCUGUGAAGCCGCUCUUCCUCGACGUGGCGUGGAACUACAUUGACUACCCUCGCCCUGGACAGGCACCUGUGCAAGCCCCCGAGCCAGUUCCAUCUCCGGCACCCGAAGAGAAGAAGCGGGGAUGGUUUGGGUUUGGCGGUCGGUGA